GUUAACCUGCACAUACCUCCUCUCAGGCUGAUGUUUUAGGAAGGUCUUUAAAACAAGGAAAGGUGUUGUGUAAAUUAUUCUGCACUGGUUUUCUCUCAGGACAAAACUGUAAUAGUAUGAUGGCGGCAGUUUUUGUCGUCCUCUUUUGCACUCUAGCGCUGCCUGUUACAUCUAACGGGAAUGAUUUUAAUGCGCGCUUUUCAGCGUACUUACCGGGAAUAAUACAAGAUGUCUGGCAUGUUUCUGACUUUCCUGGCGCUGCUGAAGAUGGACCUUUCUUAAAUGGAGUUCAUCUGCCUCACACUUUUGAUGGCUUGGCAUCUGGCUUCUUGAUGCCAUAUGAUCUACAUGGUCUACUGGAGAGAAGAAACAGUUUUUCUUUAAGGAUCAUGAACUCAUCUUGGAGUGAUCCAGCAGAUACUAACGUGUUCCACAAAGGAGAGCAGUUGCAUCUGCAGGUGUCUGCUUCGCCUGGCCCUGGUCAACAGCUUUAUGUCCAGUCUUGCCAUGCUUCCUCCUCUCCAAACCCUGCUGACAAACCUGAAGUCUCCCUUAUCAUUAACAAAGGAUGUGUGGCGUCCAAAGAGUCUUUGGUGAAGUUUGUGUUGCGACAGAGUGAUGCAGUCAACUUUGUUGUUCGUACGUCCAGUUUAAAGUCUUCUGAGAUUUAUCUUCACUGCAGAGUCUAUCUUUCUGAUGCGGGUCUGACCUGCACUAAAUUCUGCAACUACAACAAGCUCAAAUCAAGAUGGGUUGACCUGGGUGGCCAAAGCUCAGUAUGUGACUGUUGUGGGAGAAGAUGCAGAAGCUUGGAGCAUGCAGAACUUCCUGUUUCUCUAGACCUGACCGCAGUAGUAAGCACCGGCCCACUGAUUAUUAAGGAUCAGCAAUCUGCACCCCUGGCCACAUCGCUGCUGCUGCCGUCAGACUACAGUGCUACCAAGUCCAGCCCUGCAGCCAAAGACUUGUCUGAUAAAAGCUGGAUCAUGGCAGGUGCCUCUUUCUCUGGACGAUCAAUGCAAAACUUUGGCAAUGUCUCCCCCUGGCCGUUACAGCCUGGCUUUGGAGGUGUGGUCAUCGUCAGCCAGAGACUGGGAGGGGAUUUAUCAAUGUGGUUACCAGACAUUGAGCUUGUGUUCCCACCAGUGGUGCAAGUGGGAAUUGGUCAUCCAGAAAAUCCUGCCCUUCAAAGUGAUGAACCCUUUAGAAAGCUGAAACCAGAUGAAAGCACCGAGACGAGUCAGGCGGUUGCUGUGGAUGAAGGAAAAGCUAAAGUAGAAGCUGUAGAUUCACAUGAUGUUGCAGUGGAUGGACUGGUUAAGAUUCAGGGAAAACCUGCUGUAACUAAAGUGCAUCACCUAGAGCAGCCUCAAAUGGAUCUUGAGUCUGAGUUUGAAUUUGACUUUCCUUCUAAUGGCCUAUUGCUUGUCAACCCUACACCAGAUAAGCGCUCCGAGAGCACUGAGGAUAAUGUUGUUUUCAGACAGGCUGAGAUGCUCUUUAAAAAAAGCGAUAAAGGAGCCAAAUUAAUUGAGCCAGUUCUCUACUCUAAACUAAGUCUAAAACAAGCUGUAGAUGGAUCAAGUUCUCUCAAUUAUGAAGAACGGAAGAGGCCCAGCAUGAGAAAGCAGGACAAUGAGAUUCUGCAACUGGAGAAGGAUAGUGAGAAAAGACAAAAGGAUGAGCGGAUGGAGGAUGCCUCUAAAAUUAAAGGUCUGGUUUCAUCCCUAUUAGAUCAACUGAGGUCCGUGAAAUGGUGGUUGUGAUUUUUAUUAAUGGUCUGUAUGUUUCCAUCAUGCCUUGGUGUGAAAUGAUUCUAAUAUUUACUGAAAUUUCAACCUAAAUAAAAGCAUUUUUUUUCCUCAA